CUGCAACCCACUAGGUUGAUGUCAAGCUUGUAUUUAUUAACAACAACAGUUGCAGUAAGGAAACGAUUUGAAAAAACAAAAAACUAUGUCUCCUGAAAGUCAAAUACUGCAGUGAGAGUCAACUCGAUCAACACUGUUGUUGUUAAUAAUCAUAAUCAUAAUCAUAAUAUUAAUUAACUAAUUCAUUCAUUCAUGAUUUGGUGCUAAAUUGACUGGAUUGUUUGAACGUCAUGGAUUAGUGUGACCUCUGAAGUCCGAUCGCAACAUCUUUUCACUUGUGUCACCAUUAUUAGAACCGCUGUUCUAACAGUGAAAUAAUAAAAACUGUUGGAAUGGAAGGACCAGCACCGGCUUCUCCUUCAAAGAGGAUGAAAUCAACUGGAUGGGGGCUAGUUACGAUGGCAUUUCGAGUGCGGAGCUCUAAGUACCGCCAUAUUUUUGGCAGUCCGUAUAGAAAAGAGCUUUGCUAUGAAAAUGUUCAUAUUACAAGAAAUGCCCAUGACAGUAAUUUCUGUGCUGUAAAUCCCAAAUUUCUGGCAGUUGUGAUUGAAGCAUCAGGGGGAGGAGCAUUUUUAGUACUGCCAUUGGAAAAGACUGGUCGUGUUGAUAUCAAUGCUCCCAAAGUAACUGGUCAUGCUGGAACAGUUUUGGAUAUCAAAUGGAAUCCAUUUGAUGACAAUGUCAUUGCUUCAGCUGCUGACGAUAACACGGUCAAAGUUUGGCGGAUUCCCAAUACUAUGCAUAGUAAUCUGACUGAGUGGUCAGUUGACCUUCACGGUCAUCAACGUAAGGUCACAAACAUUGAAUGGCAUCCGACUGCUUCGAAUAUCAUUCUCAGUACUGGAAUGGACCAUAAGUGUAUUUUGUGGAAUGUGGAGCAAGCUGAGCCUCUGAAUAUCAUUAACUGCCAUAAUGAUACUGUGUUCUCGAUAACAUGGAAUCGGGAAGGUAGUCUUUUUGCUACGACAAGCAAGGAUAGGAAGAUCAGGGUACAUGACCCGAGAACUGCCCAAGUUGCCAUAGAAGGAACUGGCCACCAAGGCGUUAAAGCCUCCAAAUCUGUUUUUCUUGGAGACACAAACCGGAUCUUCACAACAGGCUUCUCAAGAUCCAGUGAGCGCCAAUACGCUAUCUGGGAUGUGAGAAACAUGACCAAAUCUUUAAAAACUGAAGUAGUGGAUUUCUCCAGUGGAAUUCUGUUCCCAUUUUAUGAUCAUGAUAGUAAAGUGAUUUUCCUUGCUGGCAAGGGUGAUGGUAAUAUUAGAUACUAUGAAAUAGUAAGUGCUGCCCCCUAUUGCCACUAUCUCAAUCAGUUCCAGUCUUCAUCUCCACAAAGAAGUUUAGGAAUAAUGCCAAAGCGUGGCUGUGAUGCUAAGCGCUGUGAAAUUGUGCGGUUUUACAAACUUCACACUGCCAAAGAUCUGGUGGAGCCAGUUUCAAUGAUUGUUCCAAGAAAAUCUGAUCAGUUCCAAGAUGAUAUUUUCCCACCAACGGCCAGUUGUGUUCCCUCCCUCACAGCUGAUGAAUGGAUCAGUGGACAAAAUAGAGAACCAAUUUUAGUUUCACUCCAGGAUGGUCAAAUGACCAAUUGCCCUCCAAUUACAUCUGCCAAAGCUGUUCAAAAACAGGAUGGAGCCUUAAAGCAAACCCCGACCAUCACCACUUUCAAGGCUGUCAACCGUCCCCCAUUGGCACGUUCGUCUACAUUGCCUACAGCUCAGGUUCCUCCUAGUGUUAACACAGAAAUUAAUAAGGAACCGGCAUCUCUGAAAAACAUAAAAAGACUUAGCUCUAAUGAUGAAUUUCUUACUUUAUCAAGUGAUCCUGCAAAUAACACCUGUAACAUUGAAAACCAUGGGGAAGGUGAUGUGUCAACAGCCAAGGAAUCCGUUAACAAAACCCCUGAAAAAGUGAUGAGGAAGUCUUGGGCUCCAUCGUCUAAUUCUAGUUCUGCUGAUGAUGUCACAUCAAAUGGGAUUGUUUCAUCGUCACCUGUUGAUAAUUCUCUGCCAUUUGACCAAAAUCUAAGAGAAUGUAGUCAAGAAAUUCCAGACUUGCUUCAAUCAUGUCAAUCUGAAAAUUUAACUGAAAUAAUUGAUGCAGAAUCCAAAAUUGAUACAAACAAUGGUCUGGAACCAGAAAAUAUUCAUUCUACACCUGCUGUCUUUAAGUCAAAUAUUAAUUUGACAUUUUCUUCUGAAACUAAAUCAGUUGAAAGUGAUGUACGAAGAAUCCAUGUGAAGAAGGUAUGGUCCCCAACUCCCAUGUCUCCUUCAAGCCUGGAGAAUGGGACCAAUCAGCUUGAUGCUGAGCUACGCAAAGCCUACUUUCAACAAGUGGAAGAGAUCAAAAGCCUCAAGGAACAAAUGUCCAUGAAGGACAAACGGAUUCGGCAACUGGAAGAAGAAAUCUGCUCCAUCAGGCAACGAGUGAACAGCAGUGAAAGUGAAAGUAACUGCUAAAGUCGAAAUCCCUUUCAAUGUCAAGUAACACCACCCCAUGGAGGCAUUAAAACUCUUUCUGAUGAUGAUGAUGAUGAUGAUGAUGACAACCAUUGAAAAAGUUAACUUCUGCAACUGACUUUCUCUUGCUGAUGAUGAUGAUGGUGAUGCACACACAAACAAAUUCUUACUAUUGACUAAUGGGAAUAUUUUAGACAAUUAGUUAUUACUAUUAUUAUUACUAUUAUUAUUAUUAUUAUUAUAAUAAUUAUUAUUAUUAACUAAAUAGACUUGACCGAUGCAUCAAUUAAGAAUGCACCUCACUGCUGUAUGACAUUGUGGCCACUUACUAUUACCACCACCACCACUACAACAUAUUGAUUGGUUAACACCAACAAAUGCUCAAUAACAACUGACAAAACUAAAAAUGACUUUGGACUGGAUUUAUUAAAUUAUUUCUAUUGUC